AUGACAACUCUUGUUCCUGCAACUCUCUCCUUCCUUUACCUCUGGACCCUGACAGGGCAGGUCCUCCUCAGGGGAGCCUUAGCAAAAGAAGAAAUCAAAUCUGGGGCCAAGGGGUCCCAGCCCAUGUCCCCCUCUGAUUUCCUAGACAAGCUUAUGGGGCGAACAUCUGGAUAUGAUGCCAGGAUUCGGCCCAAUUUUAAAGGCCCACCUGUGAAUGUGACCUGCAACAUCUUCAUCAACAGUUUUGGCUCCGUCACCGAAACCACCAUGGAUUACCGGGUGAAUGUCUUCUUGCGGCAGCAGUGGAAUGACCCACGCCUGGCAUACCGAGAAUAUCCUGAUGACUCUCUGGACCUCGAUCCCUCCAUGCUGGACUCCAUCUGGAAACCAGACCUGUUCUUUGCCAAUGAGAAAGGGGCCAACUUCCAUGAAGUGACCACAGACAACAAGUUACUGCGCAUCUUCAAGAAUGGGAAUGUGCUCUACAGCAUCAGGUUGACCCUCAUUUUGUCCUGCCCAAUGGAUCUCAAAAACUUCCCCAUGGACAUUCAGACCUGCACAAUGCAGUUGGAGAGCUUUGGCUACACCAUGAAUGACCUCGUGUUUGAGUGGCUGGAAGAUGCUCCUGCUGUCCAAGUGGCUGAGGGGCUGACUCUGCCCCAGUUUAUCCUGCGGGAUGAGAAGGAUCUAGGCUAUUGUACCAAGCACUACAACACAGGGAAAUUCACCUGCAUCGAGGUAAAGUUUCACCUCGAACGGCAGAUGGGCUACUAUUUGAUUCAGAUGUACAUUCCCAGCCUACUCAUUGUCAUCCUGUCCUGGGUCUCCUUCUGGAUCAACAUGGAUGCUGCUCCUGCCCGUGUGGGCCUGGGCAUCACCACUGUGCUUACCAUGACCACCCAGAGCUCUGGCUCCCGGGCCUCUUUGCCUAAGGUGUCCUACGUGAAGGCAAUCGACAUCUGGAUGGCGGUGUGCCUGCUGUUUGUGUUCGCUGCCCUACUGGAGUAUGCUGCUGUCAAUUUUGUCUCCCGUCAGCAUCAAGAAUUCAUACGACUUCGAAGAAGGCAGAGGCGCCAACACAUGGAGGAAGAUAUCAUCCGAGAAAGUCGCUUCUAUUUUCGGGGCUAUGGCUUGGGCCACUGCCUGCAGGCAAGAGAUGGGGCUCCAAUGGAAGGUUCUGGCAUGUAUAGCUCCCAACCUCCAGCUCCUCUUCUAAGGGAAGGAGAAACCAUGAGGAAACUCUAUGUGGACCGAGCCAAGAGAAUUGACACCAUCUCCCGGGCCGUCUUCCCUUUUACUUUCCUCAUCUUCAAUAUCUUUUACUGGGUUGUUUAUAAAGUGCUGCAGUCAGAAGAUAUCCACCAGGCAUUGUGAAUAGGGUAGAGGUGAUAGAGCAGUGGUUCUCAACCUUCCUAAUGCUGCGGCCCUUUAAUACAGUUCCUGUGGGUCACAACCCACAGGUUGAGAACCGCUGUGAUAGUCUGGCUGCUGGCUUUUUGCUUCCUCCUGGGUGGCUUUUCCCCUCCAUUAGACUCCAUUAGGGGCUUGGAAAGUUUCUUCCUGAUCUCGUAACUCAGAACUUCAACUACCAGUCCCAAAGCUAUGUGGGCCUAUACUGCAUGGUGCUAGUGGUUGCUGUAUUUACAAAGAUGGCUUAUCUACCCUAGUCUAGAUUUUCUCCAUACAUUCCCAUUUCUCACGAGACUAAGGUUUGGCUAAGUUUCUGAGGCUGGGAUGACUUUCUGCCCUCUCUGUUUUCCAAUACUCCAGCAGGGAUUAUUCAGACCACUGCUAUUAGAUUCUGGCAUUUGUCAUUUUAAUCUGUACCACUCCUCGCCCUGCCCUCUCCCACCCAGAACCUGGCCAUUACUCUGCCCUCUGUCCCUCCUACUGCAGGCUCCAAGAUGGAGUCUUUUCUAUCCACAAGUGCUGCCCUAUGUGACUCAGGUAGGUUUCCUUGCAAUAAGAAGGCAAAGUCAAAAGGUUGGAGCAAUCAUGGGAUACACUGGGCUAGGGCAUUACUUAUGACCCCACAGAGAUGUGUUCAAGUCUCCUGGGAAGCCCCAAACUGCCAGAAUUGGGGUAGAAACCUUGGACUCGCAGGAAGAUCACCCUUCCAGAUCCACCUGAACUUCCUGGUCUCAGAAAUAUGUGUUCUAUUCCUACCUAACUAGCAUGGUGACAUGGUCUGUUUGACUGCUAAGGAAUAUAAAAAGAGAGAAAAGGUUAUUCUUUGAGAAACUUAUUUGAUAAUGCCAGAAACUUUCAAGAAAAGUGAGAUUCAAGGUAGUAGGACCCAGGAGGAGUAGAAUAAAGAAAUUAUCCUCAGAGUCUUCAGUUGGUUAGACUUUCAUUUGUUUCCUUUUUUGCCAAAGUUGCUUUAUUUUUCAGGAUCCCUCCUUUCCAAUUUGCUCCUUCACCUCCCUUUCACGAGCAAAUAGUGGUGCCAUGCAACCUUGUUCAGGAUAGAGCAGGCUUCAAGAUUCCUGGUGAGGAAGUAGGCAUCCUGAACAAACAAUGACUUGACCAAUCUCAGGGUAGCAGACGUAGAAGGUAGAGAGCCAGGAGUCAGAGUCAUUCCUUCACCCUUGUCUCGCUUUCCUUCUCCUUUCACAGUGAGGUGUAGCUGUCAGUCGAAGCUACCAGAAAUGUCAGAAUAGAGAGGGUCGAUGUGGAAAGAGCCCAUUUCAGGCCUGACAUACCACUAGGACAUAAAGAUGCAUGUGUCUGGCACACUGAGUUAAAGUUACCUAACUGUGAGUAAUUGAAACAGUAGAGAUUAAAAUGUGGGGCUAACAGCUAGAAGAAAGAGGUGAUCAAAUAAUCCCUUAGAUACUUUUCCUUUUCACUGGA